CUGUUGCAAUGGGGAAAGCAUUUGUAAGGAGUGUCAUCCCAGUCAUACCUAAAAAAAGAUGAGAGAGGAAACUGGCGUAUCCUGGAGAGAGUUUAACCUGUUUAAGAGAGAGGCUGCCUGUCACGGAGAAGGCUGAAGACUGAAGGCCACAAGGGAGAUUUUCCUAAGCAAAGGAGACUGAGCGUAAGGACCUUGAAACAGCAUGGGGAUCUAGGACGCCUAAAAGUUUACUGAAUCACAAGCUGAACACGAGUCAACAAUAUUAUUCUGCUGCAAAAGAGGCUGAUACCAUUCUGAACUGUAUAAGCAGUACAGGAGACUCUGGAUUUCUCAAUUAUCCAAGUCGGUGAAAAUGACAACUUAUUUUGGAGUUACUUCAGCAGUUUUUUUGGUGUGGGUUAUGACAUUCAUGGCUCAAAAUUACUUUAUAACAGGUUCCAUGCUUUCACCUUGCAGGAUCGCAGGCAUAGGAAUUUAUCUUGAGGAGAAAGUGAAUUUCUCAGAUGCAAGUAACGCAUGCAGUCUACUGAAUCUGCAAUUGGCAAGUAAAGACCAGGUUGAAAAGGCUUUGAAACACGGCUUUGAAACGUGCAGCUAUGGAUGGGUGAAAGAUGGAUUGGUUGUCAUUCCUCGGAUAACAUCCAACAAGAAAUGUGGUAAGGGCAACGUUGGACUAGUACCAUGGAAUGCUGAACACUUUAAAACAUUCAAGGUUUACUGCUUCAAUUCCUCAGAUGUUCACAUUAAUUCGUGUAAACCAGAUCCAGCUACACCCAUACCACCUUCAUCGAGUGAACCAACGGAUUUACCUACAUAUUCUAGCUCAGACUUGACUGAGACCAUCACAGCAGUGCCUAAUACAACUGUGUCAGAACAACCCCCGAAAAAUGUGAAAUUUCGUGUAAUAUGCAUAACCGAAACUAUAUUACCAACAGAGGGAACUACUGCAAAAAUUCCAGAGGAAUACCCACUGCUCGAAUUUCCUAACCACACUUCCCAUGCUGCCUUUAAGAAUGAUGGUGUUGUCUUUGGAGGUAUCCCCACGGCACUCCUUGUACUAGCAGUGAUCUUCUUCAUUAUUUCAGUUGUUCUAGCAGUCUGCUAUAUCAAAAAGUAUAAGAAAACCUUCCCAUUUUCAAACAAGAAUCAACAAAAAGAAAUGGUUGAAACUACUGCUCUCAAAGAGGCUAAGACAAAUGACAGAACACCUGAGAAGGAAACAAAGAGUAAUGGGAAAAAGGUAGAAGAGUCUAAAACCAAGCCUGAGGCCACAGUAAAAUGUGUAGAAGCAGAAGUUUAAGAGGAGGAAUAUACGUUUCUUAUUAGACAUUUAAAAUGAAGCACACAGAAAUUAGCAAUGCUUUUAAAAAUGGGUGAUCGUAAAUAUUGGCCAGAUGGAUGAAUGUUUUCUCUGUCUUAACAUAUGAAAAAUUGGUGUUUUAAUAAUUAGAUUUUUUUUUAGCUAUAAAAGCUCUUGCAAAGGAACAUGGUAUCUCAUUUACUUGAAAUAAAUGAAAAAUCCAUUGUACAGCUCAUUUUUUUUAUCUUAAAUAAUAAAGAAUUAGGAAUAUCCUAUUAAGUGAGAUGCAGUGUGUAACUAUUUGUAUAGAAUUCAGAUCAAUAUGUAAUAGAAAAGUUUUUUAUCCAGCUGGAGGAUGUCUGCUAAAUUAAUGGUUAAAAUAAAAUGUUGCUACUGUAGCUCUUACUCAUGUAGAUUUAUUUAUUUCCAUUGAGUAGUUGCACACUGUUUAAAAGAAGUCUGUUUACAAACAGAAGUCUGUUUAUGAGUAAAAAAUCAAAGGAUCAACCCACUGUCAUUCAAAUACCCAAAGAAGGGUACAAAGAUGCUGGUAUUUAUAUAUAUUCAGCAAUUAAUAACUUUUUUAGAUACCCUCACUAUAUCAUAAUUUACUUUAUUUGUUACGAUCUAUUGUUACUCUACUUCAGAUAUUUGGCAGGCAAAAAAAACCUUGAACAGUUUCUCAACAGUUAUAUUUAAGGUCUUUUGUGUAUAUUUAAAUGUGGCUUUCAUAAGAAAGAUCUCAAGUGAUAUGUGAUGUUUACAGUACUUCGUAAGAAAAUAAAGUAUGGUAGAUA